AUGGGCGGUCAGGAUGAAGCGGCGUUCGCUCCUUCCAUUGCACCCGCCCUCUCCCUCAGCUCGCCAGACCGUCUGGACCAACAACCGACGGGCGCAUCUUCGCUUCCAACAGGUCCCACAUCAAGCUCAUCAGAGCCCGCUCUGAUUUCGCUCCCAGCUUUUCGCAUGCUCGCACUCUCCAAUCCCGUGCUGGAAGCCUUUUUCGAACGUGAUCUUCCCAGCUCUUUCGCGCUCCUUCCUCCAGCAAAAGGAAGUAGCGGGAAGGAUAUCUGGUCUCAAGCUGGUCAACGGACAUUGUCUGCUACUACAUCUUCAGACGCUGUGGAUGCACCGCAUGCCGCUGGCAGUGAAUCGUCGAAUGCUUCCUUGGGCAAGAAAAAGUCGGGAUUGUUUGGUGCUGGUGGGUUGGCGAGCGGAUCGGCCGGAUACAGCGUGGCUCCUCGAUCGGGCAUGCUGGGCUCCCUCUUCUCCACGCUGCUCGGAGAAACCGAAGCUGAAGCUUCUCUCAGAGUCGCUCGUCUCUCAGAUACAAUCGCCGGGGCUUUGGAAAUUCCCAAGACAGUCAGGGGCCCACUUCCCUCCUUCGCUGCUCGGAAGGGCAUGAACCGAACGCUAGAUGGGAGAGAGGCAGAUACAGAUACUCUCAGGGAAGACGAAAAGAGGCGCAAGGCCGACUAUGAGGGUGGUCUACAUUCGUCUGAGAAACACGAUGCGUUUGCGCGCACCAGGGUGGGUAGUGCAGAGGCUUCACAGCAGGAUCACGCCGGUCCCACUCUAGCCAUACCCCCACGACCGAAGACGGACAAGAGACAGUCUCUGCGCGGGACGGACAUUAUGGGUACAGGCGAAGGUUCGGCGAUGCACGCGAUCGCAGCAGCCACAGCUUCUUUGCGUCGCACCCCUUCGCACGCCGAUAUGGGCUUCAGCGUAGAUCAGCCAGGUGUGGAAGAGGAAAUGGACGAUCACGAAGUGGAUCAUGCCGGUCAGAUGUUGAGCGUCGAAGGGUCGACGACUGAAAAGACAAGCGGAAUACCUCAAACUCCCGAUACGGACAGGGAUGGAGACCUUGCCAAUAGCCUGAAGCGGCUCAGCACUGCGCAUGUUGACGGGCUGAGUUUUGACGUGGCCGAGCACAGCGACACGAAGGAUCAAAGGUGA